CAUAUAAGAUUACCGUACCCAGGAGAAACUUAGCAAAGGAGACUUAGCAGCACCCAGAAAAAAAUAAAAAUGUGCCGAGGACUAUCAUCACUACCAAGCUGCUGCCUAGAGAGGGCAAAGGGGAUUAAGUCUCGGUUAGGAGUUUUUCUACAGAUGUCAGAGAAAUCUUACCGUUCUGUUCCAGCAAACAAGAAGGAGAAAACAAAUUCUAGGCCCAACUCAGACGAAGCAAAGAAAUGGAGGUACUCGCUGGAUAAGAUGCUUGCUCAUAAAUAUGGUCUGUCUGCCUUCAGAGCAUUUCUCCGUUCCGAAUACAGUGAGGAGAACAUUGAAUUCUGGCUGGCCUGUGAAGAUUACAAAAAAACCAAAUCUCCUGCAAAACGAGCCUCCAAAGCAAAGAAGAUUUAUUUGGAAUUUAUAGAAACAGAUGCUCCUAAAGAGGUUAAUAUUGAUUAUGAAACAAAAGACUUCACUAAACAGCACCUGCUGAAACCCAGCCGCUCCAGCUUUGAUGUGGCCCAGAAGAAGAUUUAUAAUCUGAUGGAGAAAGAUUCAUAUGCCAGAUUCCUGAGAUCAGAAGUGUAUCUAAACCUGAUUACAGAAGUCAACAGGCAGUCCCAGACGUGAAACUGAAGGGAGUGAAUCUUGGAGAGAUCUUAACAGAGUAACUGAUGAAAGCUGAGGCCAUGAAUGGAAAGCAUGAAGACAAACACAGAUGGAAGUUAGAGAGAUAUAACAUUGUCGGGCAGCAGAGUUUGGAUGCAAAGGGUUUUCCAAAGAAUUGGAGACACAGAUGUAUCUAUGAUAUUUGUGAACGCAUUGCAUAAGAAAGUGAAGACGUGCACUGCAGUGAGAAGUGAUGGGGCAUUAUUUUAUAUUUUCACAGAAGUGUUUUUAUGCUUAUUGUAUAAGUUAUUUAUUGUAUUCUGUGUUAUUGGUUAGAUACUGUAGGAAAUACAGUUUGGAAGGUAUCUGUAUGAGAAAAAUUUGUACUGAAGUUCCUUUAGAAGACUGGUGAUUGCUUCUGUAGCAGUGUCAAGCUUGUCAAGUUGAAACAUUGUGAGACUAAAGCAGUAUACAACCCUUCUUAAAUUUGUAACACAUUUUUUAUGCUCAAUACACCAUAAAGCAUGUGUUGCCAUACAAGACAGCUUACGUUAAUCAAAUAAUUUUAGAGAAAAUAUUUGAAAAUCUUUUUACCAGAGACAGAUUCAAAAUGAACAGUAAAGCACUAAGUUGGAAGCAUGACAAUAGACAAUCAUGAACUUGUAAAAGGGUUAGGUCGAGGUUUUGAUGGCAAUUACUAAUAUGCUGAAUGUUACUGAAUUCUCAGUAUAUCUCAACAUUGCAGCACACUCUCCUAAAAACAUUUGCUAUGUUGGUUACUUACAAUUUCCAACCAACCAUGUUCUGUCCUGAUGCAGUUCAGACUCCAAACUGAUACUGAAGAGUUAUAAUUAUGUUGUACUAAAGUUCUGUCGCUAAUUUAUUAUCUCACAUUCUAAUGUGCAUAAAUAAUUUAUGUUCCAUUUUCUCCAUUGUGAAAUUACUAAGAGGAGGUGCAAUAAAAACUGUUGCUCCAUGUAA